AUGUCUAUAUCCCAAUAUACUAACAUUUCGUCACAAAGAAAACACAUAUGUUAUUGGGUGGGAUGUAACAUGUCAUUUCCAAAUAUGAUGGAAAUCCAAACACAUCUUAAAAAUCUUCACAUAGAAUUUUUGGAUAAAAAUGCAAAUUCAUUUCAAUGUUAUUGGAAGGAUUGUAACGCAUCCGGUUUUGAAUCGAAACAUAAAUUAAGACAUACUGAUGGUGGACUGCGCCAACAGAAUCAAGAUUUUAAUCGGCCUACUAGACCGCCUCAGCGUUACGAAUUAUUUACGAAUAAUCAAGUUGAUUCAUCAGGAAAAUUCAAUUUGCAAGCAAAUGAAGUCAUAGUAAUUGAUGACGAUGAAUCAGAAAAGAAUUCCAAUUCAAUACAUAAAGAAAAAAGUGUGCAUAAUAUUAAUACUACUGAAGAACAGAAGUCUACUAACGACUCAAAGACAUCACCAACUUCAAACAAUAUGGGAGAGUCGAAUAAUCGACAAGAAAAUGAAAUAACACAAGAAACCAAAAUGCAGAUAUCAAAAUUACAAUCUACUAAUGGUAUGUCGUCAAAACAGCCACCACUCUCGAGUAAAAGACAUACAUUUCGUGCAGUUUAUCCGAAUGAGACCUCGAUUGAAUUUGUGAACCAAAGUCAGACAACAAAUAUUAAUUUAACAAAUCAACAGAGUAAUACGUUAAAUCAAAUGUCACAUACUAGUCUUCCUUCACUGAUGACUAAAUCAUUGACAUCAAAUCCGUCAACUUAUAAUAUAACUACAUCAAAUAAAACAUCAAAUACAUCGGAUGAUUCACAUUUAGAAAUUAUUGAAUCUAUUUUGUCAGGUCCAUCACAUUCAGGUAGUUCAUUUGAAUCCUUGACUAUUGAGCAACAAAACAAAAAAUUGCUGCAUAUAGUAUCAGUACAAGCGCAAGAGAUAAAAAAGUUAAAAAUAAAAAAUGCAAUUCAAGAAGAGCUAAUAAAAAAAGCUGAAUCAGAUCUUGAAUUUCAAACGAAAAUUACUAAACUUUUACAAGAUCAAAAUCGCCGUUCUGACGAUAAACUAAGAUCGAUGUGGGUUGAGAUGUUAUGUAAAAAACUUCGUAUUCGUGAAGAAGAACAUAUAAGUUCGAAAUCUUUUAAAAGACAAAAACUAGAGGACCAAGCGAACUCUAAAGAUAGCAAUGGUAGAAAAGAUAUGGAUAUAGAUCCUUGGGAGAAACCAUUAUCACCGAAUACUAAUAUUUCAAUAAUAACCCAGGCUUAUAUUUGCGAAUGGGAAGGAUGUGGAAAGUCUUUUAGAACCAAAUUAGCAUUAAAAGCACAUGUACCAUCCGAACAUCUUUAUGGAUCAAUCUUGCAUAUUAAAGUAGACAAAAUUAGUCCUGGCCCAACCAACACAACAAAUACAAAUGUUUGA